AUGGGUGGGGCCUACCACCACAACCUUAUCUCCUCUGUUUUGGCUCUGUUCUCUCCCGCAAAACUCUCUGGCCAUGGAGAUGAGGAAAUCUCACCUGCGCGCUCCGCCGUCGCGCCCCAACCACGCCACCGUGCUCGCCGUCGCGCCCCAGCCACACCACCGCGCCCGCCGCCGCGCCUCAGCCCGGCAGGGCUAAGCUCGUCGCGCAGCUCCGGCGGGCCCCGUCUCUCCGACGCCGACGACAACCGGCGACGCCCUCACAUGCUCCUCUCGCGCGAGCUCGGACUGCCGCGCCCAAGCUCCGCCGCGCCCAAGCCAAGCGCCGCCGCCGCCCCCGGCCACGCUCGGGGCACCGUCGGCCAUGAGGCCUCCUGCACGAGCUCGGACUACCGCGCCCCAGCCACGCGCCGCCGCCCCCAAGGCACGCUCCGCUGCGCCCAAGCCGCUCCGCCGCCAUCCCCCGGCCACGCUCGGGGCACCGUCGCGCCGCCAAGAGGUGUGGCCAUGGUGCUGCGAGGUCCGCCUCUCCCCGUCGCCGCCGCCCCGGGUCCGCUCGCGCCGCCGGCGGGUUCCGCACGCGUCGCCGUCAAGGUUCCCAUCGCGCCGCCGCCAGGUCCCCACUCGCUUCGCCGGCCUGGUCCGCGCGCGCCGCCGGCCAAGUUCUCCACGGCUGCCGGCCAAGUUCUCCACGGCUGCCGGCCAAGUUCUCCACGGCCGCCGGCCAUGUUCCCGCCGGCCGCCGCCCUAGGGCAGGCCAAGAUGGCCACCCUCGGCGCACGCGCUGGAGCGGGGAGGGCCUUGCGCUGGAGGCAGGGACGGGCCGCACUGAGUCCCCUAGGACCAUGCUUCUCCUCCGCCGCCCCCAGGACCAUGCUGCUCCUCCGGUGGCCCCACAAAUCCGUGCUGCUUCUCCGCCGUCGCGCCUACACCCAGCACAAGCACGAUGCCAACGACCUGGAGGUGCUACCAUGGGCGAGCCAGGUUGCUACCGAUGGCGGCCCUCGUUGCUGCUGA